AUGAGCAAGGGCAGGUCAUAUGGCGCAGGGAUAUGCCCGCAUAUCCAGGAAGCCAGGAGUUGUCUGACCACCUCGGGGCCGGGCGCGAUUAAUCUCAUCACGCCUUUACAAGACGCGCUGAAAGAUGACAUUCCACUGGUCGUUCUCACCGGCGAAGUUCCAACAUAUGCCAUAGGCACAGAGGCCCUUCAAGAAGCGGAGGUGAUUGGUAUCACGGGCCCUUGCAUGAAAUGGGAUAUCCGAGAUCUUGCCGCUCAAAUAAAUGAUGCAUUUCGGAUUGUCAUGAGUGGACGACCGGGCCCUGUCCUAGUGGUACUACCCAAAUAUGUGACCAGUGCAGUUCUUCAAGUUCCCGCUAGAUUUAUUACAACACAAUGCCUCUCCAAAUUGGACAAUAUCAUUUUACGAUCUGAUGUCCUCAAAGCGAACCGAUCAGCUAGCAUCGAAAUAUGCGCAGAUCUUAUCAAAAAAGCUCAAAAACCUGCUCUUUACGCAGAUAAUGGGGUGCUUUCGUGUGCCGAGGCCCGAAAGUAA